GUAAUUCCAGAAACAUGGGAAGCCGAAACAUCGAGUGUCGUAAAUUUUCACCGAACAUCUUCAACAAGAGCAAAUGCACGCACUGCUUCCGGCAGCGGGAGGAGCACAGUGCAGCCGCCCUGGAAUGCAAUCGGGCAACGCGAAAGGUGUCAAAACGUGGAUAUUUAUUCGUCGCCCCCUGGGACUGGGACUUUAGCAAUCCGGUGUACAGAACAAAGCGAUGGCAACGAAGGUGGUUCGUGCUGUACGACGACGGGGAGCUCACUUAUUCGGUGGAUGAACAUCCCGAAACGAUUCCACAGGCCAUAAUCGACAUGACGAAGGUCCUGGAGGUGACCACGGCCGACAGUAUUACCAGCCACCCGCACUCGAUCGCCAUCACCGCACCGGAUCGUGUAACCUUCGUGAAAGGUACCUGCCCGGAGGAGUCGAAAUGGUGGUUCAACGUGUUGGUAGCCUUUCCCAAAUCCAAGGGUCGACACAAGCGCAACGCAACGUUCCCCGGUGGACAGGCGACCACGAUUCUGCAGGCUCAAAUGUACAGCGAGGCACAGUCGGCUAUUUCGGCCAAGAGCAACACACCCCCUGCACGAGACAAGCUGACACUGCAGCUCGAUAGCGGCAAAGCCCAGACGCGACUCCGGACCCGCCAUCGCUCAUCGGUCGACGUUAGUGAUUCAGCAUCCAAAUGUUUACUACUGGAUGGUGGUGGUACGGAGCUACGCUCUAGAGACGACCUAAAGCUGAAGGAUAUUGCCAACACGAUCACGAACGUAAACCGCUGGAGCAGCCCCUGCAUCACGGACAGCCUGUCACUCACGGCGGACCACCACGAGAAACCGACCAGCCCGCGGGACGAAAACACGAUCCCACCGCAGUAUACGAACGGUGGUACUCCCGGUGGAGGAGGAGGCAAUGGUGGCGGUAGCGGUGGUGGAGGUGGUACCGGAGGUGGCAGUGUCGGUGGUACGCCUUUACAGAUGCGACCUCACUCACUUACCAUACCAUCCAGUGCACCCGCGAUCGUGUCGGCCAUCGUAAAGAAAAUUCCAACGUCGAACGGUGGUGGUGGAGGUGGCAAGGGUGGUGGACAGGUGCCACCGCUCGGAUCGCUACACCUGCCACCAGCCAGCAACUCUAGUCCGAAGCUGAAGCCUAGUCAAACUCACGAACGGGGUGAUCCGGACGGUGACUGCGGUAUGGACGAUGCGCCGGCCAACUAUUUGGGCAAAAACUCGGAACAUCGUGGCCCGGACGCGGACCUGCUCCAGGCAAAGAAGGGCUGGCUGUUGAAGCAGGACGGACGGGUCGGUGAAUGGAGCAAGCAUUGGUUCACACUGCGCGGAGCCGCACUAUUCUACUACCGUGAUCCGGUCGCGGAAGAGAAGGGUGUACUGGACGGGGUGUUGGAUGUGAACAGCAUUACCAGCAUUACCGAGGUGCCUGUCAACAAGGGAUACGGCUUUCAGCUUACGACCUGGGACAACCAUCGGAUCGUACUGUCUGCGGUAACGAUCAACGUGCGCAACAACUGGAUCAACGUGCUCAAGAACGCUGCCGGGCUUCCACCGACGAAGGCUACCCUCGAGCUAAGCAAUCAAAAUGACGACAACUUCAAAACGUUACCGGACAAAUCUCCACCCACACCGGUCACACCCAGUGCGCUGGAGCUUGAGCUGAUCACCGACACGAUCGAGCACAAGCCGAAGCUGAAGCGAAGCAAGCUGCUCGAAAAAAACAACAACAACAGUAUGAAUGGCCACCUGUUGAUCGAAGGCGUCGUACCGCUGGCGGCUAGUCCUGGUGCUGGCGAGGAUGUUGUGGAUAAGGUGCCGAAAGACGUCAUCGUACAUCUGACGGCUGCCCGAGCGCACGGUGAGCCGAACGGUACCGGGGACAGUACCACCACCAAUAGUAGUAACAGUAACAAUAGCAGUAAUACUAGCAGUAGUUGUAAUCAGCCUCAACCAAAGCACCCGUUAGUGCAGUCGCCCGUCACUCCGCUAACACCCAAAUCGUUGCUGUUCUCGUCGGACGAGGAGUACCGAACCGCGUCGGAAGGUGGAUGCCGGCGGGACAGUGUCGGCGACUGGGGAUCACCGGUGUCACCUUCGCCCCCGUCGGUGCCACUGAGCAGUCCGGCAAUGCGUACCAAAGAUAGGUUAAGAACGAACCCGCCGGUAUCGGCCCAAAGUCAACAACGGCUGCACAAACGCAGUCGCUCAUCGCCACCGAGCUCGCGGCGCAGCACCAUCGAAAGUGUACAGUCGGAGGUCCUGUCGCUUCAACCGGUUCCGGUACAAAAGCCGAUCAAUACCGUCCAGGAGGAGGAAGGUACGGGAUUGGAAAAGGAGCUCCAGCUACGAUUGCAAGCGGCCGAGAAGGAGUUGGCGAUGUUGCGCGAGGAAACACAUGAGCGGGAAGCUCGCAUGUCCGAGCUUCUUACGACGCUCGAGCGUACUGAGCAAGAGCUGACCCGAAAGCGUGAGCUGGAAGAGAACCGUGAAAAGUUAAUGGUGCAGCUGCAGGAUAGUCGUGCCGCGGGGCAGGAAAUCAUCGAUCGAAUUACACACGAGCUGUCGAAAAGUCGGGACACAACCAAGGAUCUAGAGGAACGACUUGCUCGUGGAAUCGAAGAGAAUGAAUCGCUCUACCGACGGCUGCAGGAGUGCGGAAUCGCAGCGCCCGCCAGUCCUGCCUCAAGCCUUUGCAGCUUGGCAGUCACACGCAGCGGACGCAUUAAGCGUAUGGAUUCGUUUAGCGAUCUUACCUGCCUCACAGCGAUCGAUCCUACCCAACUUGACCAUGACAUGCUGGCGGACGAAUAUCGCGAACUGAGGGCACGCUUCGAACGAGCCGUUAGCGAGCUGAAAGCGAUGAAGCGUGAACUCAAAGACGCCCACGGUCUGUACGACGAGCUAGAGAUCGGGUAUGCCACCUUACGCAAAGAGCUCGACCGGCAGGCGACCGAACAUGACGCUCAGUCACGCAUGAUGGCGGACCGCAUCCAGGACAUGACGAACAAAUACACUGCGGCAGAAAAGCAAGUCCGACUGUUAAAGCAAAAAGCAAUCCGAUCCGAGAAACGACGUUCACUCUCACUCAAGGGCAAGGAAUCGCUCUCAAUCCAGAAAGAGCUGGAAGAGAAGGUGUCCGAAUUGGAGAGCAAAAUCGAUGCACUUGAGAGUGGCAAUGUGCUGCAACCGCCAGUGGCAAAAGUAGCGACCGUCGAGUUGACAACGCCGGAAGUUACGGCGCAACCCGCCACCAGACGUUCCUCUGCCACAAGACUACGCCGCAAAAGUCUCGACAGUGCUUCGAUUUCGGCACAACCGAUGCAAGUUCUGCUACGGUUAAAUAAUCUCGAAAAGCGUGUAGAAAACGUACAGCCUGUCGUUGUGCCAGGUAAACCGGACGUGAGCGAGUGUGAAACGGCCAGUACAUCUAGCUCGGGUACGAAACAAGUACCGGAGCAUCUGUUGGAUCGUCUCAAGAGUCUCGAGGGAGUUGUGGUGUCGGUGCGGGAACUGAUCGACCAGAGUGCCCAACAGUUCCAGAGCCUGCGAUCUUCGCGAUCCCGGCGAUCUGUGUCGCCCGCUGCCGAUCGUAAGGAUUCGUACAAAUUUAUCGAACGUUGCCUAACGGAGGUAUCGAAGUUGUUGCGGGAGAGCUGCGAUAACUGUGUCGUACCGGUUGAUGGUGCAGGGUACGGUAAUGUGAUCGUACUGCCAGAGUCCAACCCGAUCAAGCUGGCCCUCAACCAACUUGAAGCACAGCUUAAGAGUAAGUUAGCGGAUCUCCUAAAGCAACGCCGUAUGUUGCGCGAAACGAAUGGACUUACCCAGCGCAAGGACCUGGAACUACUCGCCGAAAGGAUCGCUUUCGAGAGUGUUUGCUUCGGACGGUUGCGGCAUGCAUUGGAGCGAGCAGAAAAUUUGCAAGAAUUUGAAGAACGUCAAACGAAGGUCGAGGUGUGCGAAACCAUCCAGCUGAUGUCAAUGCUUAAGGCAAAGCUUUCGGGCAAAUGCGUAGUGCGGCCGAGCAGUAGUGCGGAUGUGCUGGCAAGCGUUCUAGCUCGCAAGUUGAUGCUUUCGGCCGGUCGAACAAGCACGAUACGAUCACUUUCCUUCCCGCCCAUUGGUACCGCUCUAUUGGACGAUCUGCUAAGGCAACAGAACGAGGUGCAUCUGAUCGCCAAGCGCUACAAAACAACCAUUAUGGAGAACCUCGCGUACGGGUUGGCGGCCGAAACGCUCAGCUACAUUGCUUCCUCGCACGAAACCGUACAAGGGGCGGUACAGGAAGCUUGGCGCCAGGCACAGGAAGCGGUCAAUGCGGAGCUGGUACAGUCGGAGAUCGCACACAUCAUGAUGCGAAAUGCUCAGCGCUACGAAAGCUCUCUAGCGCCCGCCUUCGGAUAUGCACUAUCCACACAGGAGCGCAUUACGUUCGAAACGUUUGCGGACGCUGUGCAUGAGGCACUCCGUAGAGAAAUGGAUGCAGCCGUACGGCAACUAACUGAAUGUUACGAAGAAACGCUUGAAAAGAUGAAGCGUGGCCAGUGGCGUUUGCAUCUAGAGCAGGAACGAAAACCCAGCGAAGGCCGACAGCUGUUAGCGGAGUUUGCGGACAUUAUCGCUCACAAAGCAUUGAUCGAUGCACGCGUCCAAGUACUGAAGGGUGACUAUGUGCCUAAUCGACAAAAGCUUGCUCAACACCAGGACUCGUGCGAGUCAUCGGAGCGUGUGUUUAGUGUGGCUGCCCUCAAACAGUACGAGAACCUGUACACGGAUCUAACCGCUGACUUGGAGGUGGCAAACGCUGAUGACAUCCUGGCCGAGGCAGACUUUAACUUCAUGUACAAGUAUUUCGCCAGUGAGCACUCGCUGAACAAAGCCGAAGUGAAGGAAGUGUCGGCGAUACUAAACGAGCUGGAAAAGUCGGUCGUCGCGUUGCAAAGAUCUUUGCAUCCGGAAAAUGGUAACGCUACCGCUGCCAACGCUAUCGACGUGGACAGCUUGCGAAGUAUUCACACACGGUGCGUUGAGAUUCAGCAACGAAUCGAUUCACUGAUCAGUGCCGCUAAGCAGUUACAGUCACGCAGUGAACAGUGUGGCCGACUGCAGGAGCGUCUGAAGCAACUGACAGAAGAGCACGAGCGUGAGCUGGGAACGAUUCGGCAGCAGCACGAGCAAAAGCUUACCACUCUCCAGCGUCGUAUUGACGAGCAGCAGCAGCGCAUACAAGCGAUCGACGGGGAGCGUGCCGAACUGCUGGAACGACUCAAUAACGAGCGGAAUCUGCUGAAACAGAAGGAGAAAGAAUUGCACGAACUGUCCGUUCGGUUGACGCGCAUCGAUGCAGCUAGCAACGAGAAGGAUAAGGAGAUUGAGGAUUUACUCGACAGCUACGACCAGGAGUGCAAGAAGGCACGAUCGUUGAAGGAUCGCUGUGAAGAGUUGGCGGACAGUUGUCGCAAAACGGCAGCCGAGUAUGCCGAGCUGGAAAAGGAACGUGACUAUCUGUACGAGCAGAUGCGCAAAGAGCAGGACCAUGUGAAGAAGCUGGAGAAGCAUCUGGAACUGUUGGAGGCGGAACAUGCGCAACAGGUGGACAAUUUGCACGCUGCCUAUCGGGAGCAGCAGAUGGCAAACGAGCUGGACUCGCAGAAGGAUAAGGAUGAUGAGGACAGUUUGCGAUCGCGCUAUCAGGCAGAAAUCGAGCAGUUACGGGCACUUUGCGAGAAAGGACUGGCCGCGAUGGAAGCUUCGCACAAGCGUAUCAUCCACGAUUUGGAGGAGAAGCACCAGCAGGAGAUCGCUAAGCUCAUUCUGGAGAAGGAACAAGCGCUGGCCGAAGAAACACAGGCAACGCUGGCAGCACUCGACGCCAUGAAGAAAGCUCACCAGAAUGAGGUACAGCGGGAGGUGACGCGCUUCAAGCAGGAGUUUCUCAAACAGUUCCAAAAGGGAGGUCAACCGCCCCAAACGUACCGUGAGAAGGAACAAGAGCUGGAAGAUGUUCGGCAGGAAAUUCUGUCCCUUUCGGAGAAGUACUCGAUGAAGUGCGUCGAGACGGCCGCGCUCGAGGAGAAGCUUCGUAAUGCGACGCAACAGUUAAAGUGUUCUCAGCAACACAUCCAGCAGCUUGAUGUUAGGAAUAAGCAACUGCGGGCUCACUUUGUCUCAAACCAGCCGGAAGAAACGACUUCCGCACCACCGACCAGCAGUGUCGUAACGCCAAAGGAAACCAACCUGUUCACCAGCAGCACGCAGCAACCAGAAAGUUCACCAAGGACCACCGCGGCUAAAAGGACACCACCGGUGUUGGGCACCGGAAAUAAUGGAUCGUCGAGCACGAUGGCGAUGACCGUACCAGCGUCGGCGUCGAUCGACCCGGGAAGUCCGCUCGAGUUGCUCGAUCUUCGCGAGUGUCAGCACCUACUGAACAAUAAGAAAGAAUCACAUCCACGGUUGAAGUUCACCGAAGGAGCCAAACUAGGUGUAGCACCGAUCUUCUCUACCUCCAGCUCGUCGCCCGGCACCAACCCGCCCACCACCGGUACGGCGAUCAACGAUUCCGUCAAUCUGGCGAGCAGCACCAACAACAACCGAGCCAAAGUUCUCAGCUCCAAGCAGCUCAACAUGAACCUGAUCAGCGGAGGAUCCGGUCCACUAACGCCCGGUCCACCGACCCCGCACCCAGUGUCCCUUACGCUACCAUUGAUCGCAAGUGCCACGUUCAAGAACAGCAAUCUGCAUCGAAACCAUAAUACGGCCACCACCAACAACAAUAAUGUGUCCCAUAAUGGCGGUGGUAAUGGCAGCAGUAAUGGCACGAAUCAUCUCAUUAAUCUUAACAACAACAACAACAACAACAACAAUCACUUACACAACAACAACAACAAUGUCAAUAGUUUAAAUAAUAAUAAUAAUAAUAAUAAUGAUAACGAUAACAUGCACGAGCUUAAGCCAUCGACCAAACUUUGUUCGCCCCCUCCCUUAGAUGAGAGGGACGUUGAACAGCAAAUUCAUCGAUUCGAGUUGGAAAUCUAA